AUGGUUAACGUAUUCAACGUCCAAAUCUUUUUCAUUGUGUUUAGAGAAACCUUGGAAGCAGUCAUUGUCGUGUCAGUGCUUCUUGCCUUUUUGAAACAAGGUUUAGGUUCAUCCAACGAUGAUCCAAGAGUAUACAAGAAAUUACGGCGACAAAUUUGGCUAGGAGCCAUUCUAGGAGUUAUCAUUUGUUUAAUUAUUGGUUGUGCUUUUAUUGGUGCUUUCUAUGGUUUGGGUAAAGAUAUUUGGUCGAAAUCGGAGGAUUUAUGGGAAGGUAUUUUCUGUAUUAUUGCCACUGUAUUGAUUUCAUUGAUGGGUAUUCCCAUGUUGAGAAUCAACAAGAUGAAGGAAAAAUGGAGAGUCAAGUUGGCUCAAGCCUUGGUUAAGCAACCUAAGCUGGAGAAUGGUGAAAAGAAAUCAUGGGCUCAACGUUUAAGAAUUUCCAAUUUUAUUCAACGUUAUGCUUUGUUUAUCUUGCCUUUCAUUACUUGUUUAAGAGAAGGUUUGGAAGCUGUUGUUUUCGUUGGUGGUGUUGGUUUGGACAAACCAGCCACCAGUUUCCCUAUCCCUGUUAUUGUUGGUUUAAUCGCUGGUAUUGCCGUUGGUACCUUGUUGUACUACUUUGGAUCCAGUUUGUCAAUGCAAAUCUUUUUGAUCAUCUCGACUGGUAUUUUGUAUUUGAUUGCUGCCGGGUUGUUCUCGAGAGGUAUUUGGUACUUUGAAACUUACAAAUACAACCAAGCCACUGGUGGUGACGCUUCUGAAAAUGGUUCUGGUCCAGGUACUUAUGACAUUGCCAAGUCAGUGUGGCAUGUCAAUUGCUGUAACCCAGAGACUGAUAAUGGUUGGGAUGUGUUUAAUGCAAUUUUAGGAUGGCAAAACUCAGCCACUUAUGGAUCAGUUAUCGGAUACAAUAUCUAUUGGCUUGCCGUUAUUGCCGUCUUGAUGUUGAUGCUUUACGAAGAAAAAUACGGACACUUGCCAUUCACCAAGAAGUUGACCUUGGUCAAAUUGAACCCAAUGUAUCACAUCAAGGGUAAGAAGAAGCUUGAAUUGAGUAAUAAAGAAAAGGAGGAAUUGUUUGCUAAAGUUAAAUUGCAAGGUUUUGAAGAGUCUGCUGCUGCUCAAAAUGCUCGAGGAAAUGGAACUGUUGCCGUUGAAGGUUCAGAUGAUGUCGAAUCGGAAAAGUUGGUGCAAGCUAAUAAAGAGCACUAUUAG